CCGAGACCCCCGACGGAGGAUUAUGAUUCACUUAAUUUAACUUGUGUCAGCGGCUACAAUACUCUAUCUAUAUUUAAUGCCCAGUAAUCAUCACGAGUGGCUUGCAACAUCCUCCUCGUUAUAAACACUGUUUACGGGACGUAGGAGAAGAAAACAUGUGAUAAUAGUUUUAGAAAAUGUUCGUAGUACUCGCAGCCUGCUUGGCAGUAGUCCGUGCUGGAGGACCAGCGGCGUAUGAUAUCGCCACGGCGUCCGGAGACCUGAGCAGCGUGGGUUUCAGCCAGGAAUCGACCCAGAAGGGUUACGCCGGCCAGAAUGUGAUCUCCUCGUACUCUAGGGCCGAGGAUAGCGCCCACUCGUCCGUCCGUGUGAGCAGCCACAGCAUCAGUAACGAUGCUCUGUUGAACUACGACAUCCACCAUACUCCCAUCGUGAAGGCCGCCAUCGCUGCCCCUGCCUAUCUUGCGCCGACCGCCGCACCACUGAUCGCCAAGACCUACGCUGCCCCGUAUAGUUACGCUGCUGCUGCUCCACUCGUCGCCAAGACUUACGCCGCCCCGGCUUACGCUGCCCCAGCUGCGCCAUUGUUGACCAAGACCUAUGCCGCUGCUCCAGUUGCUCCUCUCUUGACUAAGACCUACGCCGCUCCAGCACCUCUGAUCGCCAAGUCCUACCUCGCACCCUCUCCUCUGCUGGCCAAGACCUACGCUGCACCGGCUGCACCCCUUCUGACCAAGUCCUACCUCGCACCUGCUUCUCCUCUUCUGACCAAGAGCUACGAGUACGCUGCUCCCACUCCCAUCCUCGCCAAGAGCUACGAAUACGCUGCCCACGCUCCCAUCAUCGCCAAGAGCGCACUCCUCGCAUCUGCACCAGCCUACAGUGCAUCCCUCGCUGCCCCAGCGUACGCUGCUUCAGCCUACGCUGCCCCAGCCUAUGCUGCUCCAGCUUAUGCUGCUUCAGCCUAUGGUGCUCCUCUGGCCUCUGCUCCUCUUUUGGCCAAGACCUAUGCUGCUCCUCUUCUUGCCAAGUCUGCACCCAUCAUCGACUACGCUCCUCAGGCCCACAUCUACUCCAAAACCUACGAACACGCCGCUCCCUUGGUGCACACCGAGUUCAGUGGUCUCGGUACUAGCUACUCCUGGUAA